GAAGUUAAACUGCUUAAAAGUUGCCUAUAUGGACGGAUCUGAGCACGGAAGUGCACGUCAAAUACAUCAAGCUCGUGAAUAUGAUACCGAAAGUAACUCUUACUUUCUAAAACCCUGCUGAAGUUCGAAGACAAUCGAUCAGGCUUAACAACACGUCAAAAUGGCAAAUCUAAAAGAUGACAUAAUGAAACUCUGCUGUGAAAUCUCGGCAGAUAAGAGGAUAAAAGCAGCAUUUAAACAGUCAGCGAAAGGAGCCCUAGUUGCAGGAGGAACUGCUUUUGUUGGAGGGCUGAUCGGUGGUCCUGCCGGUAUAGCUGUUGGUGCUGCUGUGGGAGGUGCGCUGGGCGGAUGGAUGACCAGCGGCCAGUUCAGACCUCUUCCUGAGAUCCUCAUGGAGAUGGGUCCCACACAGCAAGAGAAGCUGUACUCCGAUAUCAUGGCCAUAGUGGGCACACUGAAAUGGACUGAUGUUGCGCAACUGAUUACUCAAGUUAACGGGAAUGCCUCUCUACAUGAGCAGGUGCUGGGUGCUGUACUUAAUUUUACUAAAAACCAGCUCAAAGCUGAUGUGCGGUAUGAAGACUGACCGAUGGAGGGUGAAUGUCACUGGUUUAGUUUUGGUUAUUGGUUACAGAACUAGAAGGACAAGUUGCUACUAAUUUGCGUUAUUCUUUAAAAGGCUGAUGAUGCAUGGGACAACUAUCUGAGCAAUUUUGCUAGGCAUUUUUUUUUUAGCAAUGUUGUUUUGGCACUUUCCCAUUGAGGAUAGGUAUAACAAAUUUCUGGAUACUUUAGAUCGGUCAUGAGACCUGUGUCUCACCUGGUUGGCUGUUAACAGCAAUAUUGCAUUGCCCAAAGUUGCCCAGCAACAUUGCUCAGAAAGUUGCUCCCUGUAUAAAUCAGCAUUUCUGUCAUUUUGUGAAUUUUUAAUGAAACACUAUAGGAUGAGAUUUAAGAUUUUUUUGGAACUUGCAAAAAAUAUUAGACCUACAUGUUUAGGCCAGACAUUUUACAUAUCAGAAAAAAUAGACAUGAUCAUACAUGAUUCAAAGCAGAUGUUCUCAUCAUCCUUUUAAUUUGUCAAUGCAAAAUGUAUAAUGUGGGUGUCACUGCGUGUUGACAUGAAUACAUAAAGAAAUACAUAAUAA